UGUUGUCUUGUCAAAUGAAUUUUUUAGUUGUCAGAUAAUCUUCAUAUGUGAACUUUCUCUAUGUAUAAUACAGUUAGGAUAAUAAUCCAUUUAAAAUAAUUUUGUUACGUUUAAUCGAAUGUGUUCUAUUGAACAUAAAAAUAUAGUGCAUCCCGGUUGUAAAUCUUAGUGAAAAGUGUUAUAAUGAAGUUAUGUUAAUAGUGUAUUUCACUCAGUGAUGGGCUCUAGAAUAAGGGAGAACGUAAAACAUUUUUUCGAAUGUUUCUGCGAAGUUGUCCCUCCAAGAGCAAAAAAUGAGCCGUGGAUUAUACAGCAGUAUCCGGAAAAGUACAAGGACGAGGAAGUUUUAAAAGCUGUACCCAAAUUUGCUUAUCCCUACAAAUUUGAAAAUGAUGUGAUACAACACUAUUCGUUUGUACUGACAGACCUGGAAUCAAAAUGGACCUUUGGUUUUUGUAGACAUGAUCCCAAAUCUGAAACAGCAAUCGUAGUUCUUAGCUAUUUACCAUGGCAUCAGGGAUUUUACAAAUUUCUAGAUACUACGGCAGUAUUAAUGCACAGUUCAAGAACAGAAGAUCUCAGCGAGUUUUUAACCGCAGUAUACACUGCAAAGAUCGCGGAGCCUGGCCGAAAAUUUGUAGUCACGUUUAAUAGGGGAGAUAGUACGUUUACCGUUGAUGUUCCAAGGCCGUUUCAAUUGCCCAGUAUACCCGAAAAUAGAAACCUUACAGAAUAUUUUAAUGCAGUCGAUACACAUACAAUGUCUGUUAUCUUUGCAUCGAUGCUUUUUGAAAGAAGGAUAAUAUUUACUUCGAAGAAACUGAAACGACUUAGCGCUUGUGUACAAUCAGCCAACGAUAUUAUAUACCCCAUGAUAUGGCAACAUAUAUUUAUACCGGUGUUGCCGAUGGCGCUAAUGGAUUAUCUAUUGGCUCCCAUGCCUUUUCUUAUUGGAGUGCCUGAAGAAGUAUUUAAGCAAGUUAGAAGAAGUGAGAUAGGUGAUGUUGUAAUUCUAGAUACUGAUGCAAAUACAAUAGAAACGCCGUUUGAUGAUCUAAACAGUCUCCCAACAGAAGUAGUAUAUUCUUUACGAAAGCAGCUAAAAAACAAACAGUUAGGUGACGGUGUGUCUAGAGCAUUUUUAAGAGCAUUGGUACAGUUAAUCGGUGGAUAUAGGGAUGCUCUCAAAUUUCAACCAGGCCAGAAAGUUACAUUUGAUGAAGAACGAUUUAUCGAGACGAGGCCACCAUCGUUGCAGCCUUUUUUAAGAGAGAUGCUGCACUUACAAAUUUUCCAGCAGUUUAUCGAAGAGCGAUUGACGAUGUUGAACACCGGACAAGGCUUCUCGGAUGAGUUUGAGUUCGAAAUAGAAGGUUAUUCAGCAAAAUCGGGUUCAAAACUAAAACAACAAUAUAAGGAGUGGACGACGACGAUGAAAAAGGAAGGAACUGCGUUUUUUAAAAGCGUAAAGGAUAAGGCCAAUCCGGCUAUGAAAUCGGCUGUAAAAACGGUGAAAGAUGGUGGCAAGGGAGUAAAAAGUGCCUACAAAGGAUUGCGAUCGAAACUUAAAGACAACCCAAGUCCACUUCAACUAGAAAACGGCCUUGAACGAGGCGACAAACAUCGAUCUGCCCCCAAUUCUCCCACUGGGAAGCGGAGUACUAUUGCCGGUUUCAGUGCACCUGUGGCCACUUACCGCAAAGAUGCAGCUUUAGCUCUUAAAAACUCAGCUAUGCAAAGAUCUUACAGUCCACUUAGUCCUAGUUCUCAACCGAUGUCACCUGAUGUUAUCGAUAGCCCUCGCAGCGGAAGUCCCGUCGAGAUACCUCAGAUCGAUUUAAUUAAUGAGAUGGAAGACUUGUUACAGUUUCGACUCGACACGCCACCGGUCGACAGAUCUCUUAAGCCAGUGCGAAGCUUAGAAAAUUUCAAAAACACGUCACCCUUAAACAGCCCGGAUAGAUGGGCGGUAAAUACCCGCGCUAGCGCACCCAUGGCAUCCCCCUCGAAUCGCUUUUUCCUCCAAAACCUUGGCCAUUCCCAAGAAACCCAAAACCUCCUACAAUCUCCCGACGAAAUAUUCCUCUCUCCUCCUUCUGUUCCUCCUAGAAAACCGCCUAGAGACGCCAGCAGGAAUCUCUUUAGCAGCACGCCGUUUGUGGUGGGUGGCGGGCACAGCGAGAACGGAGACCCUUUAUUUUUUGUUGCUAAUCAGCAUUCCGUUGAUAUUGUUAAGUUGUCGCCUCCAUCGCAUUCGCCUCGGCGGAAGCAGAACCAAGAGACUGAAGACUUGAUCAGACUGGACUCUACAUCAGAUAUCGACGAUUUCGAUCCUCUCGCAUCGAAGUCCACACCGACGCUUUCCGGAAAUAAAAACAAACUUCCACUAACAAUAUCAAACCCUCUGUAUACGUACGAAAACAGCAGUAUUAAACAAAACGGUGGCGUGUCGAACUCUAGUUUCCAACAACAGCAACAAGUGCCCAGGGAGACGCAGAACGACCAGGAUUUACUGCAGGAAUACGGCUUAAACUUUAAUUUCUCCAACAACGUGCAGAACCAGAACAAUUUCGAUCCCUUUGGUAACAGUAGUAAAGUCAAUGUGAAGAGCCAGUGGACAAAGUUCGAUUGAAAGUGAUAUUGUGAACGAGCCAUUGAUUUAAAACAUAUUUUAAUCAAAUUUAAAUCUAUUUUUGGCUUGGCUUAUUUUCAUUUUCGCUGGUGUAUGUAUUUAGUUCAGUAACUUAUUUGCAAAAUAGUGACAAGACAUCUAGAAGUAUACAAGUUGCCUAAUAGUCCAGGGCGCAUCUGUUUUGAGAUGGACGUUGAGAGGUGACUCAUACUUUUUGCAGAAAUUGCUUGAAAUUAACUCAUAUAAUAAUAAUUGAGUUAUCCUCCCACUCAAAAAGGUCCGGAACAUUGUUUAAAUAAUCAAAAUGUCAAAAAAUGAAGGAAAAAUUCGAUUUUUUUCUUCGUUUUUGAUUAUAACUUUAAAAGUGUUCACUUCUGAGAAAAGUUGUACUGACAUAAAAGUUGCGUAAUUAAAUUUUCAACAAUAUAGGAUUGGUUAAAAAUUUUAAAAAUUGUCACCCUUAUUGCAAAAUAGCCAUAAUUGCGAAAAAAGAUAAAAAACAAGUAUUUGCAUUUUACGUUUUUCCACCAUUUAUGUUACACUUAGGACCUUCAUAUUCUACCCAGAAAAACUUUAUGAUAUAAUAAAACAAUACUGUAAAUUUCAUUAAGAUGGUUUAACAAAUUUUGCACAAUAAAUUUUGCAAUCCAGCUUUCGCAAAAAAAAAUUCAUUUUUUCAAAAUGUUGCAGGACUGAAAAUAAAGCAGAUAGCAAGUUGAUUUUUUUUUCAUAUAGAAGAAUACUAUACCUUUCAUUUGCAAUUUGCAAAAUUAAAAUCGGUUAACUACCACGGCGUCAGGAAUUUUUUUAAAUAAACAUUAAUUUUUGGUGCUACGCGCAGGACUGCGGUGUUGGUUUCACACAAGUUGAUUUCCACCAAAAUUUUUUAUAAUCUUUAUCUAAUAUAUUAUUUUUUUACUCUAUAUUUUGUUGUAUUUUAAUAUUUUAAUUCCACAAAAAUCAAACUAAUUUGAUUAUUAUUUGUGAAAUAUUAUUUAAACAAUUGCAUAUGUUUAAAAAUAAUAAACUUUUAUUCUCUAAGUUAAAAUAUAUGAACAAAGAAAGUUUUUGCUAAAAAAAGUGUUAUUUCAAAGGACAGAUGUAUACGUUUUUAUUUUGCAAUAAACAAAUUUAUUUAUUUAUAUCGAAAUGCAUUAAAAAUUAAAAUUUAUCAAUCAUUAUCAAAGGUCAUUGGAAUGCCCAAACAGAGCAAACGUAUCCGCUAUCCUGCGCGUAGCACCAAAAACUAAUGUUUAUUUAAAAAAAUUCCUGACACGUCGUGGUAGUUAACCGAUUUUAAUUUUGCAAAUUGCAAAUUAAAUGUAUAGUAUUCUUCUCUAUGUAAAAAAUAAUUCAACUUGCUGUAUGCUUUAUUUUUAGUCCUGCAACAUUUUGAAAAAAUGCAUUUUUUUGCAAAAGCUGGAGUGCAAAAUCUAUUAAACCAAUAUAAUGAAAACCGAUAUAAUAAGUGUUGUUUUCUUAUAUCAUAAAGUUUUUCUGAGUUAAAUAUGAAGGUCCUAAGUGUAACAUAAAUGGUUGAAAAACGUAAAAUGCGAAUACUUGUUUUUUUUAUGGUUUUUUCGCAAUUAUUGCUAUUUUGCAACAGGGGUGAUAAUUUCUAAAAUUAUUAACUAAUUCUAUAUUGUAGGAAAUUUAAUUACGCAACUUUUAUCUCAGUGCAACUUUUCUCGGAAAUGAAUACUUUUAAAGUUAUAAUCAAAAAUCGAAGAAAAAAAUCGAAUUUUCCCUUCGUUUUUUGACAUUUUGAUUAUUUAAACAAUGUUCCGGACCUUUUUGAGCGGGAAGAUAACUCAAAUAUUACUAUAUGAGUUAUUUUCAAGCAAUUUCUGCAAAAAAUAUGACACCUCUCAACAUCCAAAUGUAGUAAUAUUUUUACGGAUGCGUCCUGGUCUAUAAAGUUUAUUUAAUUUUAUGUUGCGGGAAAGACGUACGUUUAGAAAACAAACAGUUAUUGUCAGAGGUUGAAAUAGUUUAUUAUGUUUUUCAAACAAUACUAGGCUGUUCAAUAAGUUUUGCGGUUCGCUAGGAAAAACACAAUUUUAUGACUUGAAAUACACUUUAUUAUUAAGUAUAGUCUUCCUGGACAUGAAUACACUUGUUAUAACGAGAUUCCAAUUUAUAAAUCCAUCCCUAAAGUGAAAAUCUCAAAGGGCUGCAAAAUAAGCUUCCACAGCUGUUAUGACCUCAUCAUUUGAUGAAAAACGCUUUUCACGCAUGAAUUUUUUAGGUAAUGAAGCGGAAGAUGCUAGAGAUCAAAUCUGAUGAACACUAUGGAUGCUCCAACAAGUCGAACUUCAUUUUAUGGGUUUUAUCCAUUGUCAAAAUGCUCAUAUGGCACGGUGCAUUGUCCUGAUGAAAAAAGAUUUUUUUCCUUCUGUAAACCGGGUUUUUUUUCACAAAUUUUUUCCUUCAGCUGGUCUAAAAGGUUGCAAUAAUAUCCAGAUUUUUUUAUAACCAGUUUGCAAGUAAUCCACACCAGUGGCGGCUCGUGGCUUUAGGGACAGGGUCGGCAAGGUUUAAUCUCCUCAGAUAGGUAUGUCAUCUAAUUAAAAGGCUUCAAUUUCAUAGGAGAUUUUUGGUUUUUGUUUAUUUUUAUUUUUUUUUUGUUUUUUUCCUAUAAAUUUAGAACCUAAACCUGUUUAUAAAUUAACUCUAGUCUAUGUUGUUUCGAAGUAGCAAAAUGGGUUAUAACGUCAUUGUAAAAUUUAUUAUUGUUUUGGAGAGAUUUUAAAAGUUUUUUCUAUUGACAUUUGAGACAAGCUUGACAUUCUCUCUUGUUACAUGGUGUUUCGACAAUACGUUUUUACUCUUUUGAGACAAGAGAAAUCCCGUUCAUUUGAGGCAGAAUUUGCCUACAUUUGAGAACAAUAAUUUAUUAAUUUGGGGAACAGUUUGUUGUACCUAAUGAAUUGCAGUAUAUAAAAUUAUAUACAGUCGGAAAAAUGAAAGAAUACCCAUGAACGAUCACAUCAAUCACUUAUUUUGUAGUUGCUGUCUUUUUCUAUAAAUAACAAACGUUUGUUAUAGAAAAAUAUUCAUGGGUAUUCUUUCAUUUUUCCGACUGUAUAUUUUGUAACUUCCGAAAAUAUUUGAAUCCACAUAUAAAAUUUCAUUUUCUUAUUUUAUUUGAUUAAAGAAUGAUGGAUAAUUUUUAAUGAACUUGUCUAAUAGAUAUUUUGAAAAUUCUUUGGCGUAACUUUUAAAUUUUGAAUCGUCAAAGAGGUAAAUGACUUAUGACAGUGAGUAAAUAAAGCGGGGGUGUAUUAGUUUUAACUUUUGCCUGGAGACCAUACAAUUCACCGGACAUCAAGGCAGCGCCGUCAUAAGUUUGCCUUACCAAUUUAUUUUUGAUAUCAAAAAUUUUUAAUCUGUCCUUUAAAACACCAAAAAUAUAUUCUGUCUUAUGGCUUCUACUCACGUCUGAAAACCUAAAAACCUCUCAUAAAUAUUAGACGUAACGCGUAUCGAAGACCAAUUGAUAAUUGUGAAUUACAUGUUACCUCUAUCAGUAGUUUCGUCUACUUCUACCGAAAAGGAUCAAAAUGUAACUACUAAUUGAUUAUUUUAUUCUGUGCUGUUUUAGGUACGCCGCUAAAUCUCUUCGAGACAGAAAGUAAAUUAGAAAAUUCCAGAUCGUAUCUGUUAAACAAUUUUAUUUGUUCUCUAUAAUUAACUUCCUGUAUAAUAUGUACUAUAUUAUAAAAUUCCUGGCAACUUAAAAAAUUACAAUGUCAAUAAUUAAACGACGUAAAACUACUUAUUUCAUAGUUUCAUCCCGGGCGCGCUAGCAAGGUACGUGGCUAGGUACGUGCCUUGCUGCCGUUUGCAAAUCACCGAUCGGCAGAUUGGUAUCUGCUGGACUUGUCAUUCAAAUGAAUACGGGGAAAGUAUAAUUGAUUGCCUAUCAGCUAAUAUUCCAUAGCUUCUUAUUACAAGCAAAUCGUGAAUCUGGGGACGGCUUGCCGAAGCGGGACUAUCGCAAUCACAGCGCACAGGGAUCACACUUAACGUAUCGGAUCAAUCGAAUUCUUUUAAAAGCAAUGAAUAAAAUUUAGUCUGUAUUAUCUCACAGAUAUCUUUUUAUUUCACAGAAACGAAUAUCAUCAACUUAAAAAAAUCUAUAAUGUGUCCAUAAAUGUGUGGGUCGGCACUGCCGACCCUGACUAGCCGCCACUGAUCCACACACAAAAUUCCGCUCACAUCCAAAAAAAUUGAUUCUACAACUUCUUGGCCGAUUUGUGGACACGAACUCGUUUCGAAGCCGAAGAAACAGGUUAACACCAAUCUUUAGCCUCUUGUUUUGAUUCAGGAUCAUGGUGAUAGGCCCAAGUCUCAUCCAUAGUAAUGAAUCGAUGCACAAAAUAUACUUUAUCCUUUCGAAAACGCUCUAAACGUUGCGGAAAAGUCGCAUUCCGAAUGUGUUUUUGUUCCUUUGUUAACGAAUGCCGCACUGAUUGUAAACACAGCUUUCUGAAACACAAUACUUCAGUCAAAAUAUUGCUUACAUUGCCCAAUGAGAUGCCUAGGGCUUCUACUAAAUCUCUUUCAGUCACUCGACGAUUUUUCAAUUCCAUAUCCUGUAUUUUCGCUACGAUUUCUGGUGUUAUUGCUGUUUUUGGACGUCCUUGGCGUAAAAGUGCCGAUCAACAAGGAGUCUUCUGUUUUGACAAUGGAUGGAAGUCCGAUGGAGCCAAAUCUGUAAAAUUAGGAGGAUAUUCCAAAAAGUCGGAAAUAUCUAGUCACGUCUUUCAUUAUUCUACAAUUUGUAGUAGCGAAUUAAACAACACCGACUCUAGCAGUCUGAACCCACAAUGGCAAAAACUAUUCGGCGACGUGUCCAUGACAGGGUUAAUUCAGAAAAAGUAGAUUUUUGACAGGACUAAAACAAUAAUGUUGGAUAGUUGGUGAAAAUGAAUGAUAUUGUACUUACCAUAAAAUAUUUAACAUAUAUUUUGUGACAUAUGUUACAACAAACACUGCAGAUUUUCAAGAGCAGAAUAAAAAUUAUAUGAAAUAAGCUAAGUUAAACUUAGAUUUGUAUUUAAAAUUAUAAUUGUAAGUGUUAUUUAUAUACAAGAUCAAUUUUAUUUAUUUUUAAUUUUGAAUUCUUUUUAUCUUUAUUGUUAUAUUUUUGAUUUUUUUAAUAUAUAUUGAAAAGAAAACUAAGAGAAAAAUGUGUAUACGAACGAAACCGAGACAAUUUAUGCUGUAUAAUCGUCGAUAUUAAGCAGAAAGCUGUUGUAUAAUUCAUGUAUUAUAAAUUGACCAUGAGAUCAUAACUGAAAAUAUGGGUGAUGUCCAUAUGGAUACAGUUAAACAUUCAUCUUAUUGUUGUUGACCCACCCUCUGAAAAUUCGAGCGAUGUGAAUUGAAGAAUUAUAUUAUAAUAAAAAUCAAUUAUGAAGCAAAAACGUUUACGAUAUACCAAACGUAUUUCUUAUAUGUUGACAUGUAAACUUGUCUUGUAAACUUAUCUUACCAAUAACUGAUAGCGAUACUGAUAGUAUGUUUAAAUAUUAAAAUAUACAUUCCUUGGUCAUUGGUCAAAAUUAUUAUUUGAAUUCAGAAGACAAUAAAGCGUUAGUAGAUUUAUCAAUAUUAGUUUUUACAAUAAUAUGCACUACAUAGAAUGCCACAGACAAAUCGAUAAAUUAAGGCAAGAUAAUUUACGUUUAAACUUUGUUUCUUUGAUUUGUUACCUGCCUUUUGUCACUUAUAUAUUCUUCAACAUACUCUUCUGUUUGUUCGAUCUGUCUCUCUCUAGUGCAUUGAGACUCCUCACUAUCUCUCCCACCAAAAAGAGAUGCUGCUAUAAUUACUUGAUGUAAGACAGAGACACAACGAAAAACGAAAAGAAAGAUGGUGUCGUCACUUAGCUCUACAGACUGCUCAGUCUAUGUUAAUAUAUAUGUCUAUGACUUAGACGCUUUUCCACCUUGUUGAUCUCUUUCGGAAACUAAUUUUGCUCAAGCUCCUCAAAAUAAAAUGAAGUUUCGACUAUGGCCCCCUAUUGUUCGUUGAAGAAGGACAUCCUCCGAACCAUACGUUUAGGAACAGGAGACUAACUCUGGUGAAUACUGGUAAGUAGGUUCUUCCUCAGAAGGGCAUCGAAACGGUCAAAUUGAGCUGCAUAUUACAUCCCAAUUAUAGUCCAAGAGGCAGCGCUGAAAAAUUUCUCUGAAUUUACUAAAGCUAGUUAUUUCACAGUUGAUUACUGUGAUUGUGUAGAGAAGCAUACUGCGGUCGGUUAAGCGAAACGUAGAACAGGUGGUACUGACACUUUGUUAAAGUUGCUUACCUGCGGAGGUAAUUAAAUCCAUUUACUAAGGCUGAAAAUCAGUACACACUCAGCUGUAUGACGGGACAGAGCCGGUCGGUCGGCCCCAAUGAAUGUACAGGGUUAUUCAAUAUAUUUUGACCACCCUCUAAACUGCUUUAUUUACAGAAUUAGAAAAAUAUUAGGGGUGUCCCAAAAAAUUUUUUUAAAUUAAAUUAUUUGUUUAAUUAAUAAUUAAAAAAAAUUUUUGAACACCCUGUAUAAAUAAUGAUCUUAAUGUUUAUAUUACUGCAUAGAGAAUUGAAUAACAUUUCAAAUGAGCUAGCACACGACCCCUAUUCUCAUUUAAAAAAAAUAUGUAAUCGAUUUCGUCAUCACGCCCAGAUGGAUGACGUCACUAGUAGGAUAUAUAUGUCAAAAAAUCAUAAUUAAAAAAUCGAAUAACUUUUGUAUUUUACAUUUUUUUCUAAUUCUGUAAAUAAAACAGUUUACAAGGGGGUCAAAAUAUAGUGAAUAACCCUGUACAUUCAUUGGGGCCGAGCGACCGGCUCUGUCCCGUCAUACAGCUGACCGACUAUAAAAACUUUUAUUUAUAUUCAAUUUAGAAUGUGUGUACUGAUUUUCAGCCUUAGUAAAUGGAUUUAAUUACCUCCGCAGGUAAGCAACUUUGACAAGCUGUCAGUACCACCUGUUCUACGUUUCGCUUGACCCACCGCAGUAUGUUUCUCUACACAAUCACAGUAAUCAACUGUGAAAAACUAGCUUUAGCAAAUUCAGAGAGAUUUUUCGGCGCUGCCUCUCCGUCUAGUAGUGCUGUAUCGUUUCUCAGGUAACUAAUGUGAAUAUCUUUAGCAUCUAACAAACCAGUCUCUUAACUUGUGGAUUAACCUUCUUAACUAACCUAACCUUCUUCGAUUGGUCUCAUCUUUUCUCCAUUACUUUGGCUGGUUUUUUUCCUCCGGUGUAUAGAAAAGGGCUCAUACCCUACCUUGUUUUUUACCUUAAACACUAGUAGGUCCUGUGGCCAAAGCGAAGGCCAAAAGUUUUCUAAUUGGUAGUUUACGAAAUCCAGGCCGUAGAAGAAUGUCAUGGUUUCUGAAUUUGAGAGAGUGGUUUGGCUGCACCACUAAUGAACUUUUUAGGUCAGCUGUAAACAAGAUCAGGAUAGCCUUGAUGAUUUCAAAUCUCCGAUAGGAGUAGCACAAGAAGAAGAAGUUUUAAGAACUCUUCUGGUUCAAACCUCGGUUCACCAGUGAAUACCUUCCUCACAUCACUUAGCACAUUACAAUGGCAUAGAAUGUUUAUGAAAGUAUCUUCUUCCAUUUCGCACUUUCUGCACCAUGGUUCAUUUACCUUACCUAGUUUGUAUAGGUAGUUUCUUAAACGGCAAUGCCCAGUCACCAUUUCAGUGACCGUUUUGAUCUCUCGUUUAUUGGGGUUCAUCAAAUUGUUCGAGAGUUUUUGAACAAUAUUCUUAAUAAUAUUUUUUAGUCUGGAGUUGCCCUUGAGUGGCUCUACAUUUCUUUUGAUGAUUCCUUAUCAGCCAUUUCUGAACCUCGUUUUUCGUAGCAUCUUUAAUAAUGCCAAAGGAUGGUUCGGGCCUACAAAGGUUUCUCUCGUGCCUUGUUUUGCCAACAGAUCUGCUCGUUCAUUUCCAUGUAUCCUUUCAUGAUCCGGCACCCAUAUUGAAGACACUUUAUUGCCAGGCUGUUGAGGAGAUCUUUGCAGUUAAUCAACACUUUUGAUUUGGCGAGUGGGUUCUGUACUGCCAGAAUGGCCGCUUGGCUAUCUGUGUUAAUGUUGAUUCUCUUUGAUUUGGGGGUCUCCAUCCAUGAUUUCAUAAAUGCAGGCCACCAAAGCAAAACCUUCACCCUGGAACACAGUUGUAUAUUGACCUAGGCUAUAAGAUUUUUGUUUUGUAGCUUUUUGUUCUCUAGGCUCUAGCUAGAUGGUAUAAUUGUGUUAAUCUUCUCAGUGAAGAUUAGUUCUGGUGUCAGGAUGGUCAUAAAGGCUACCGAAGAAAUAUACAGAGUGAGGCAGAUAAAAGUCCUAUUAGAAAUAUCUCUAGAACUGAAGGCAACAGAAUCAUGAAAAUUGGAAUAAAGGGGUUUUGAAGAGUGAUCUAUUCAAUGAAAAUAAUAUUUUCAUCUAUUUGCUACUUCCGGUCAUACCGGAAGUUGCCUAUAACUUCGUUUUUUUUAUAUAGGACAUCCUGUAUAUUUUUACAUUUUUGGAUUCUUCCCGAUGCCUUCUUUCUUAAAAUAUGGGGUUUUGUAAUAUUAUACAGGGUAAUUUAAAAGAUAAUUAUGUUUAUUUUCUUAAUUUCGUAGCAACAUUCACACCUCGUAGAAGUGUAUUAGUUUGACAUCGAAAACUCUAUUUAUGUUCAAAUGGUUUUUAAUAUAGUCUACUAUUGUUAAUAAUUGUUAGUAUAGCUAAUUUUUUAAUUUUACUAUACAGGGUUGGUCGAAACUCGGAAUGAGUCUUUUCUGAGUGUUCUUAAAUGGAACACCCUAUAUUUUAGUAUUGUAAGGAAAUUAUAUUUUAUGGUACUUUUUUAUUUCUUAAGCAUUCCCUAUACCUAACUGCUUUAGUUUGUGAGUCAAGCCAAAUAUUAAUUGCAACAAAAAAUACGUGAAAUUUUAGUAGGUUUGCUGUGAAAAUAUUCAAUCACAAACAAUUUUCGGAAAUAGAUACAUAUUAAUCUAGACUGAUUCUUAAAAUUAGCCAUAAUGGUUAAUCUAUCAAAAUACCUACGUAGUUAAGAUUGUUGGUGCGAUUAACAAUUAAGCACAAAUUAAAGCAUUUAGGUAUAGGGAAUGCUUAAGAAAAAAAAAGUACCAUAAAAUAUCAUUUCAUUACAAUACAAUACAGGGUGUUCCAUUUGAGGAAGCUCAGAAAAUACUCAUUUCGAGUUUGGACCAACCCUGUAUACUAAAAUUUAAAAAAUGGCUAUACUGAGAAUUCUUAACAAUAGUAGACUAUAUUAAAAAUUAUUUGAACAUAAUUAGAGUUUUUGAUGUCAAACUACUACAAUUCUACAGGGUGUGAAUGUUGCUAAGAAAUUAAGAAAAAAACGUAAUUAUCUUUUAAACUACCCUGUAUAAUAUUACAAAACCAGAUAUUUUAAGAAAGAUGACGUCGAGGAGAAUCCAAAAGUGUAAAAAAUCCCAUUUAAAAAAACGAAGUUAUAAGCACCUUUCGGUAUAACCGGAAGUGGCAAAUAGGUGAAAAUAUUUUCAAUAAAUAGAUCACUCUUCAAAAUCCCUUCAUUCUAAUUUUCAUUAUUCUGUUGCCUUUAUGUCGAUAUAUUUCUAAUAGGCCCUUUAUCUGCCUCACCCUACAUAAUUCCAGCGGAAAAAUCCCUGUGAUAGCCUCUAACGAAGCUGUUCCUGUACUUUUUAAGACUCCUGUUAUAUUUAGAAACGCUUGUCUUUGUAGGAUGGUGAGAGGUCUCACAAGAUUGAAAAGCAGUCUUUUUCAACCAAAGUACUGAAGCAUAAGUAACUGUCAGUCGUAUCACUGAUGUGUAUAACCAACAGAAUACCUUUGGUUUCAACCCCCAUGUUUUACCUACAACUCAUUUUCAGUUCCAGAAGAGUCGCUUAGCCCUAUUGGUUAUAUUGUUAAUGUGAGUGCUCCAACUGAGUUUGGAAUCCAGGGUUACCUCUAGAUACUUGACCUCAUCGGUUCUUUUCAGUUCCUCCCCAAAUAAUUUCAGCUCACUCAGUCUAGCAACCUUCCUCUUAUCACCUUUUGGACGUGUUCGGCUAUGUUAAGCAGUGUUCUUCCAUUCGUUAUUGAUGUCCAGAAUGAUGAUUGAAGUCAGUUUAUAAUAAAUGAAUUAUAAUUGCCAUAAAAAAAUACUCCUAAUGAUAUUAUGGGCCGCGUAAUGAUUAUUUCCUAACUGUAUAAAUGAUAUCAUUAGAAUGUGAAUAUUGUAUUUGCGUACACACUUUUUCUGCCGGUCUACAUACUCUACCAAUCUUGUUAUUUAAGCACAAAAUCAGGAAACUUAUAAUUUUUCAGGUAUUAUUCUGUACCCGAUGUGACGUAUAUGUAAAAUCAAAAGACACUGUUGCAAUUCCUUUAUAAAAUUUUAGAAUUAGCUGUGAUAUACUCAAAAGAUUUUUAAUUUUAUGUAGAUUUUAAUACAAAAUUAUUUUGUUAAUUUGCACAGUAAUUGUAUCGUCAAUGAUAUUAAAUUUAUAAAUUUUU